AUGCAGAUUCAAAUUAUCGUACAAAUGUACAUUACUGCAUUCGCGAUCCGAAACCUUAGGCUCAAUUUAUAUUCUAUGCUCCGGAGGAAGUUGAAGGUAACCCCGGAAGCCGCCGUCCGCGAUGCCUACGGGAAACGGAUGAUUUUUAAUGGAGUGGAAAGAGACGAUAUGUACUUUGAUCAGUUUAAUAAAAUGUGGAAC